UUUUCAUAAUUCGUAUCAGCUGUCGAAUGUCGGUCUAGAAAAGAAAUAUCAGAAACUUUUCUUUAUUUACUGUAAGAUUUAUUCUGAUCAAAAAUUAGAAUAUUUAGCACCUUCAUGACAGUUUAUCUUGCUCAUUUCUUUAGAAUUUGGCAAGAUAUUAUACAAGGUUCAAUUAAACGAUAAAAUACCUUAAUUAAAUGGUUUGUUAAAUUCGGCUUUUCUUCAUGAGUUUUUCAUAAUACUAGAUAAAUAAAUCAGAAAUGUCCGAGAGAGACUAUGCCCCACUGAGCAUUGCCUGCGUUCGCGGGCUUUGCGAUAAAAUAUAUGACAAAAGAAAGUUUGCUGGCGUCGAAAUUGAAAAGAUGGUAAAAGACUUCAGUGAUGCAAAGAACACAAGUCAGAUAAAGAGGCUGAUACGAGUGCUCGGACAAGAUUUGAUGUCCUCCACUAACCCUAAUGUGAAGAAUGGAGCACUCAUGGGACUCUCUUCUGUGGCAGUGGGCUUAGGAAAGGGUUGCAUCGACUAUUUGCCGGAGUUGGUGCAUCCGAUCGUGGCGUGCUUCAGUGAGAGCGAGUCGCGCGUUCGGUACCAGGCCGCAGAAGCGCUGUUCAAUGUGCUGAAGAUCGCGCGCGGCGAGGCGCUCGCACACUUCCCGCUCGUGUUCGACGCACUCGCCCGACUGGCCGCCGACCCCGAGCCGCAGGUCAAGCAGGGCGCCGAGCUACUCGACAGGCUAGUCAAGGAUAUAGUGACGGAGAGCCAGACGUUUGAGUUGGCAGCCUUCAUUCCGAUGCUGCGCGAGCGUAUCUACACGCGCAACGCGUUCGGGCGGCAGUUCAUCGUGUCGUGGGUGUCGGUGCUGGACGCCGUGCCAGACAUCGACCUCAUCGUGCACCUGCCCGACCUGCUCGAUGGACUCUUCAAGAUGCUGGACGACGCCAACACCGAGAUCAGGAGGAUGUGUGACGUCCAGUUAAACGAGUUUUUAAGAAGUAUAAAAAAGGAUCCUUCACGAGUAGAUUUUCAAGCUAUGAUCAACAUAUUGAUCACACAUGCGCAGUCGCAAGAGGAAAUGUUACAGUUGACAGCAAUAACAUGGAUCAAAGAGUUUGUCGAGCUCGCCGGCGCGACCAUGUUGCCGUACGCGUCCGGCAUACUGUGUGCAGUGCUUCCGUGUCUUGCAUAUUCCGAUGAACCUCGGAAGAGCAUACGUGAGACGGCGGUGAUAGUAAACUUCCAGUUGAUGAAACUGGUGGAGUCCGGCGAAGGGGGCGAGGCAAGAGAGGGGG